UCUUGCCCGGCGGCGUGUUCUUGCAGCAAUCAAGCCAGUCGGGUGAUUUGCACCCGGCGAGAACUCUUGGAGGUGCCCAGCAGUAUUUCGGUCAACACCCGGUACUUAAAUUUACAGGAGAACCACAUCCAAGUCAUCCGCACCGACACCUUCAAACACCUCCGGCAUUUGGAGAUCCUCCAGUUGAGCCGCAACCUGGUGCGCAAAGUGGAGGUGGGCGCCUUCAACGGCCUCCCCAACCUCAACACCUUGGAGCUCUUCGACAACCGCUUGACCACCGUCCCCACCCAAGCCUUCGAGUACCUCUCCAAACUGCGGGAGCUGUGGUUGCGCAACAACCCCAUCGAGAGCAUCCCUUCCUACGCCUUCAACCGCGUCCCUUCCCUGCGCCGCCUGGACCUGGGCGAGCUCAAACGCUUGGAAUACAUCUCGGAAGCGGCUUUCGAAGGUUUGGUCAACCUGCGCUAUUUGAAUUUGGGGAUGUGUAACCUGAAGGAGAUCCCCAAUUUGACGGCGUUGGUGCGGUUGGAGGAAUUGGAACUUUCGGGCAACCGGUUGGGGCGCGUGAGGCCGGGUUCUUUUCAAGGGUUGGGGAGUUUGAGGAAGUUGUGGUUGAUGCACGCCCGGGUGGCGGCGGUGGAACGCAACGCCUUCGACGACCUCAAAGCGUUGGAAGAGUUGAAUUUGGCCCAUAACGAGCUGGCCUCGCUGCCCCACGACCUCUUCGCCCCGCUGCACCGCCUGGAGCGGGUUCACCUCCACCACAACCCUUGGCGGUGCGAUUGCGACGUCCUGUGGUUGAGUUGGUGGUUGAGGGAGACGGUGCCCAGUAACACCAGUUGCUGCGCCCGCUGUCACGCGCCGCCGGCUUUACGGGGUCGUUAUUUGGGCGAACUGGAACCGGGGCACUUCACCUGCUACGCUCCCGUCAUCGUGGAACCGCCGGCCGACCUCAACGUCACCGAAGGGAUGGCGGCC